UCUGGGUUCCAGGCCCCGCCGGCCCUUCACGGGGUGGCCUGGUGGGGCUGGUGCAGGGGUCAGCGCCCUGGUUCAGCCCCCAAUGGCAAGAUGGGCUGGGGCAGGUAGAGACAAGGGUGAUGGGGUCAGAGGUCAUGGUAGCAUUCGAAUCUGCGUUCCAAAGGGGUCAGAGGUCACAGAGUGCCACACCAGAUUCAUGACAGCUGCCUGGUUCCUGAGCCCCACGCCCCAGUCCCAGUAAGGCGCCAGGGCUGGAGUGGAGUCUACUGGGGGCCGCUGGGAUUGUGGAGGAGUCUCCCCAGCUUGUCCUGAGCCACAGUCUCUGCCUCUCCCACCAUGCCGCACAUCGAUAAUAACAUCAAGCUGGACUUCAAGGAUGUCUUGCUGAGACCCAAGCGCAGCACCCUGAAAUCCCGGAGCGAGGUGGAUCUCCUCCGCUCGUUCACCUUCCGCAACUCACACCAGACGUAUAGCGGGAUCCCCAUCAUUGCUGCCAACAUGGACACUGUGGGCACCUUCGAGAUGGCCAAAGUCCUUUGCAAGUUCUCACUCUUCACUGCCAUCCACAAGCACUACAAGCUGGAGGAGUGGAAGGAGUUUGCUGCCCAGGAGCCCGAUUGCCUGCAGCACGUGGCGGCCAGUUCAGGCACCGGCCCCUCAGACUUCGAGCAGCUGGAGAAGAUCCUGGAGGCCCUACCCCAGCUGCGCUACAUCUGCCUGGACGUGGCCAACGGCUACUCGGAGCACUUUGUCCAGUUCCUGCGGGAUGUGCGCAAGCGCUUCCCCGACCAUACCAUCAUGGCUGGGAACGUGGUGACGGGGGAGAUGGUGGAGGAGCUGAUCCUCUCUGGAGCUGACAUCAUCAAAGUGGGCAUCGGACCAGGUUUGGUCUGUACCACUCGGAAGAAGACAGGGGUGGGGUACCCCCAGCUGAGCGCUGUCCUGGAAUGCGCCGAUGCAGCCCACGGCCUCAACGGGCACAUCAUCUCGGACGGGGGCUGCAGUUGCCCGGGGGAUGUGGCUAAGGCGUUUGGUGCCGGCGCAGACUUUGUCAUGUUAGGGGGGAUGCUGGCGGGACACACGGAGUCGGGGGGGGAGCUGAUUGAGAGGGGGGGCAAGAAAUACAAACUCUUCUAUGGGAUGAGCUCCGAGGUGGCCAUGAAGAAAUAUGCCGGGGGAGUGGCGGAGUACAGGGCGUCGGAGGGCCGGGCGGCGGAGGUGCCGUUCCGGGGCGCCGUGGAGAACACACUGCGGGAUGUGCUGGGCGGGCUCCGUUCCACCUGCACCUACGUGGGCGCCGCGAAGCUGAAGGAGCUGAGCCACCGAACCACCUUCAUCCGUGUCACCCCGCAGGGGCCCCCCCUCUUCGGGGCAGGCGAGUAGAGGCCCCCAGUGCACCCCAGCACAUCCAGGGGCAGGGAUCCCCAGUGCACCCCACCACAUCCAGCGGCCCCAUAAUGAACUCCAGCUUUGAGGGUCAGGCCCCACGCUGAGGAGAGUUUUGCCCAUUGAUCCCCAUCUUUGAGGGGCUGAGGCCCAGCCAUGAGGACCCCCUGCCUUGGGCACCCCAAUAUUCCCCUCCCGAAAGCGGGGCGGCAGCAGCGCUCAGCUCUGCCCCUCAGGACAGAGGGGGCAGAGCCAAGGGAUCCCCGAAUUUUCCCCAAUUAUUCCAUUCCCUGGAGCAGCCCCUGAUGUUGGGGGUGGCAGAAGGGAUCCCCAAGUCCCUCCCCGCCUUCUCCAGGGGGCCCAUCCCCCCAAGGGUCGUCUCCCCCUACUCUGCCAGAGGGGGCUAUGGGGCACCCCCCAAAUGGAGACCCAGGGGGGGACCGGGCUGAAUCAUGUACAGUGUUUAUUUGGUGUCACCAAUUAAAGGCUUUGUGGGGCA